GUAAAUAGGAAAGUGACUAAUCUCAAACAAAUCACUAAAUUGAGUAAAUGUGCAAAUCACUAAAUGGAGGUGGUUUUGCAUUCAUCCAUGCCAACUCUUUUGCGGAUAUAAUAGCCGUUGAGGCUGUGCCGCUUGACCAGAUUGAUGCAGCCUCAGUACAGAAGGGGCUUGCAGAGUUCACCCAGAAGCUGAGCUCAGCCACAACAGAACUGGAGAAAGCUGAAGCCCAAAUUGGAAUAGAUGUGCAUAGUGCUCUCAACACGGCCAUCACAAGCUAGUGUUGUGAGUUCUUCGGUUUAAUCAUUUCUCAUUUUAAUUCUCUUUGAUGCUGCCUCAUUGAUGCGUAGAUUUGUCCAUGGAUCUGGAUCGAGUGUUUUGCUCUUUUAUUUCAUGUUGAAUGCAGAACAAAUAUAAAUAAUCCUUCAAUGGAUUUUACCUGGUUUGCAGAACAAUGAAGGAACCUUUAAGAAACAAGUAGUCAUAUC